UCGUGACUUAUCGUCUCCGCUCUAUCUUGAUCCCGAAAUACCUCCGAAAACCUCUUAUCAGAUGAUGCCAUCAAAUCCGAAGAAGCGACAGCGCGUGUUACAUCACCGCUAUUUAUCCUCCGCCAACGCCUCCGCCACCACCACGCGCCUCUCCUCCACCGCAGCUCUCAUCGAUUCCUUCUCCGACAAAACCAUCACAGAAACCUCCCAGAAGCUCCGUCGCACAUCCUCUCAUCCUCUCUUUCCAUCCUCCACUUCAUAUUCAUCGUACGCAUUUACCACCACCAACGCCGACACCUCGUUCAACGACCCCACCACCGCUGAUGUCAUCCUUCGCCUUUUCCUUGACGCUACAGCCCCCUUUACAGAUGGUGAUGGUUGCUUUUCCUCCGUCGGUGAACAAUCUGACGUCCAGAUCUACCUUCAUUCUCAAGUCCUCCGUCGUGCGAAGUAUUUCUCUGCCCUAUUAUCUGAUCGCUGGCAACCCAACUCUUCCGCCAUUGAAUCCAAUUAUCCAAAUUCCAAUGGCAAGAGUUUGAUCUCUCUCAAAUUCGGGGUUCAGCCUACUCAGGGCUCCAUGGAUGUUCAUUUAACCGUGCUUGAACUCCUUUACACCGACGAUUUUACCACCGUAAUAAACUCUGCAUCCACGGCUCUUGAUAUUCUACCUGUGGCGUUAGAGUUGUUAUUCGAAGAUUGCGUGAAGAAUUGUGUUAAAUUCCUGGAAGCGGUCCCGUGGAGCGAAGAAGAGGAGAAACGUGUGCUCAGCUUGAUUCCUUUUUUGCGUGAAGAGGAAUCUCAAGAGCUUUUAGCUAGGACUUCACCGGGGAAGGAUGAUUCGUGCGAGGAAAUGCUUCACGGAUUGAUAUUAGCUGCAAUUCAUAACCAUCCAAACAUGGCUUUCGUGAAGGCAUUUGUGGCUAAAUUGUUGAGGGAAUUUUCGUCGAGAGAGUCCGCUAGGAGAGUUCUGGAGAGAGCUUUUGAGGAGAGUUUGAAGAUUGUGAAGGAAUCGCUUGAGGAGUACUCAAGUCCUGAUUUUAGAGGGGAUCACAAUGAGACGGAGGCAAUACAGAGAUUGAAUCUGCACACGGCCUUGACUAAUGGGAAGCAUUUGCUGUGGCUGGUGGAGAGGAUGAUUGAGCUGAAGGUGGCGGAUAGUGCGGUGAAGGAGUGGAGUGAGCAGUCGGCUUUCACAGCUGAUUUGCAGCGUGCGUUUCGUGAUGAUGCAUGGAGGAAUAUUGUGCCGGGUCUUCCUGCUGUUGUGCUUCGUUGUACAUUGAAGCUUGCCAAUGCGGUUGCUGCUGGGACCAUUUUGGCUGCUAGACAGGUGAGGAUGAAGCUUGUAAAGGACUGGCUUCCUGUUCUGAUUGUAUGCAAAGACAACGUGUCACCGAUGUCGCCUAGUCAUAAAUCACUGUACAUAGAGCUGGAAGAAACAUUCCUAAGAAUUAUCUCUACGCUGCCAAUGUCAGAUGCACAAGAGUUGUUGCAGCAGUGCCUCAGCUUCUCAACUCGAAAUGUUGAAGAUUGCCCUCAUUUGGUCUGUGCAUUCAACACUUGGUUCCGCCGUGCAAUGCAACCACCACAAGGGAACCUUUGAUAGAGAGAUGGACAGUUUUUUGUUGAGAACUGUAGCCUCUGCUUCUGAAUUCUAGAUUUUUGUCAAUAUUGUGUAUAAUGCUCUGAUGUUUGUAUUAUCGCAUAGUUUACUCUGUAUAUAUACCACGAAUCUGCAUCAGGAGAAAACUAUAUGCUUUCUCUUCAUUUCUUAUACUCUUCAUUUUGGGGCAAUACCCAUGGUUUUUGAAAAAUGAUGGUGGCCUUCAUUGCAUGGUUUUUGCUA